CACUAAAUUGCUACCUCUUACUACCUCUCUCACUCCGUCCUACCAUUUUAUUUCCUCCUGUCUACACCCCUAGCUCUCGCUCUCUCCUUUUCUCCCUCUAUCUCCCUCUACCCCCCUACCUGUCUGAACAGGGAGCAGUAGAGCGUGGCAGGACAGAGAAGAGAGAGAAAGAGGAGGAGAGUAGGAGGAACAAAGACAUAGUGAGGGAGAAUAGGAAAGUGGUGUGUGUAUUGAGAAGAGUGUGGACUGACGGAGAGGUAGAGAGGAGUAGAGGGGUGCAUAAGAGAAGCGUUGUGAGGAGGUUGCUCUGUUUUUGUCCUUUGGAAAACCUUUUCCCUGUUGGUGUCGUGCUGGCUUGGUAUGGAUGCUAUCAUGCUGCAGGAGAAACUAGUGGAACGCUUGCUGUGCCCUCGAGUCAGAACCGCGAGGCGGAAGGAGAAGCAGUAUGUGGGCUUUGCCACCCUCCCUAACCAGGUGCACAGGAAGUCAGUGAAAAAGGGUUUUGACUUCACUCUCAUGGUCGCCGGGGAGUCUGGUAUGGGUAAAUCUACUCUGGUCAACAGCCUGUUCCUCACAGACCUGUACAAGGACAGGAAACUACUCAACGCUGAGGAGCGUAUCAACCAGACAGUGGAGAUCAUUAAGCAUACAGUAGACAUUGAGGAGAAAGGAGUGAAGCUCAAAUUGACCAUUGUAGACACGCCAGGGUUUGGAGACGCUGUCAACAACAAUGAAUGCUGGAAGCCGAUCACAGACUACAUCGACCAGCAAUUUGAGCAGUACUUCAGAGAUGAGAGUGGACUGAACAGGAAGAAUAUACAGGACAACAGAGUCCACUGCUGUCUCUACUUCAUUCCUCCGUUCGGACACGGACUGCGUCCAGUAGAUGUUGAGUUUAUGAAGGCUCUCCAUGAGAAGGUGAACGUGGUUCCUCUCAUUGCCAAGGCUGACUGUCUCACUCCCAAUGAGAUCAAGAAACUCAAAGACAGGGUCCGUGAGGAAAUUGAGAGGUUUGGCAUUAAGGUGUACCAGUUCCCAGAGUGUGACUCUGAUGAGGACGAAGAGUUCAAACAACUGGACAAAGAACUGAAGGAGUGCUGUCCGUUAGCAGUGAUUGGCAGUAACACAGUGGUUGAGGCCAGGGGCCAGAGAGUGAGAGGGAGACUCUAUCCAUGGGGUAUUGUGGAAGUGGAGAACCAGUCUCACUGUGACUUUGUGAAGCUGAGGAACAUGUUGAUUCGCUCCCACAUGCAUGACUUCAAAGACGUGACAUGUGAUGUGCACUAUGAGAACUACAGAGCCCAGUGUAUACAGGACAUGACCAGUAAACUGACGCAGGACAACCGCAUGGAAAGCCCGAUCCCCAUCCUGUCCCUAUCCACCCCAGAUGUGGAGACAGACAGACUCAUCAAGAUGAAAGAUGAAGAGUUGGCGAGGAUGCAAGAGAUGCUAAAUAAGAUGCAGCAGCAGAUCCAUGAUGGGAAGGACCAGUGAGCUACAGCCCCAUCUGCUGGCCACUGAACUACAACCACAACUUCAGACAUGUUACUUACAUACCAACUAUAAUGUAAUCAGGGGUGAAAGUAUAUUUAAUGAGGACCUCCUAUGAGUGCACGUGCACGCCAUUUUUUUAUGGGCCUAAUAAUAUAAUUACUUAUAGAAUCCCUAUUAAUUUAAUAGGAUCUCUGUGACCUAAUAGUAAAGAUUACUGUUAACUUUUCAAAUGUAUUGGCCUACCUUUUAAUGUAUCAUAAACACAACCAGUCAUAAUGUUUUCAUCUGAUUGUCAAACAAUUACUCCAAAAGGCUACAAUAGGCUUCCCGCACACGUUAUUCGACUCUAAAAGAAUUCCCGCAUCCGUGCACUGUGCAUCUGCCAUCCGUGCACUGUGCACCUGCCAUCCGUGCACUGUGCACCUGCCAUUUGAUAAAUGCUAAAAGACAUCAGUUGCAAAACACCAAAAAGUUUAGUGAAUGACAUUCUGUGAUGGUCAUUCACUGGGCCUACAAAAGUCUUGUAACCUGAAUUAAUGCGUCCUCUGCUGUCCACGCCCGUCUCGGCCACUUAUCUCUGCCUUGGCAAAAUUUCUGUGUUAUUGUCGAAUCACGCUGCAUUUUAGAGCGUAACCCAAGCGUUUUUGUCUGUUCGCUCAUUCUUCAUGCGACUAACAUGCGGUAAUGAUAAGUAAUAGUAUAUAAGCCUACAGUUUUCUUGGAAUCUCUAUGUUUUAAUUAUUGUGACAGGCUCAUGUUUUACCGGUACAGUGUACCCCCACUAUUUAUUUUGCCGGUACUCCGUACAGGACCUGCUUGCUUUCACCCCUGGAUAUAAUCAGCACUGUGUUGGGGGAAAACAGUAGCUGUAUAUUCAUUGGUUAUGUGUUUUUUGGUGCAUAUUUGGUCUGUCCUGCAAGGAGAAAUGUGGUGUUUUUACUGUAUCUUGUGUCCAUUUGAACCCCAUUAAUAUUAUUGACGGUCCUAGUAACAUAUGACAUAACAUAAACAUGUAAUAUAAAUUACCUGUUAAAUGUAUCCAAUUUAUAAAUAUGGUGAAUACUAUUGGGAUAUUCUGUCAGGUUAUGAAGACGCAUUACAAAAUGUUUUGUAAAACAGCGAUAUUACUGAUGUUAAAGUUUGAAUACUUGUUGAUGUUGAACGCGUGUGAGUGUGUGUGUCUGCGUGUUUCCAUAUGUAUCACCCUCUAUUACGAGAACCUUGUUCUGCUUUGAAACUGUGAGAAUCCCUUUCCCUUUCUUAGUGGCAUUUCUUGUAUGUUCUAGCUACAGACUAAUGAACAAUAGGCUACCUAAGAAUCUGAACAUAAAUGUAACGUAUUAACUUUUUACUGCUGGUCUCUACUUUGACUUGUUGAAAAGACCUUUCUCAUGUUUUGAUGCUUGUGAAUUAGAUUGAAAAUGUCUCUAGCGCCAGUUGCUUACCUUACAGUGAAUUGAGCCCCUCUGACAUACAGUACAUAGCAAAUGAAAGGGUAGGUACAGAACAGUAAGGGGUGCAUGUGCAAGCAUGCCGAAGUUACUCAAAUCCGCUUACAGCUGGAUUUCCAUUCUCUCAUAUGAUGCAAUGUGUUUGCUCUGAAAUGCAUUAUGACCUAUGCCACAGUACCACUAUGGGAUGGUAAAAAGAGGCCAACUUUUAAGAGGAGCUACUAUAUAUGCUUCUGUCCAAUAUGGCGUGUGUGUGUGUGUGUGUGUGUGUGUGUGUGUGUGUGUGUGUGUGUGUGUGUGUGUGUGUGUGUGUGUGUGUGUGUGUGUGUGUGUGUGUGUGUGUGUGUGUGUGUGUGUGUGUGUGUGUGUGUGUGUGUGUGAAGUAUAUGCUGCCCUCUGGCUGUGUCAUACAGGAUGGUGAUGUGGCUUUUUAUAGUGCUAGCGCUCAGAGGACGUGGUGGAACUACUGACCAGGUUAUGAGGAUGAAUAAACAGUCUUGAUUCGUA